CACCCCGAUCCACAAUGAGUCCACUGGAAGUCAACGUCGAUUCACCUACCCAUAGCUGGCUGCCAGUUAUGUAGUCUCCAUCGAUUACCCGACAUAUCGCUAGCCUUGCUAAUGUGUGUGCUGGGAUGUGUGAAAACUCUUGUAAGAUAUUGAUAUUUUAUAAGCCCAGCAUGUGCAUGGUCCAAGUCCCCAACAAGAUACACCGCUCGUGGUUAGCUUAUGUAAGAACUACAUACCAAUCGCUCCGCUUCAGUUCUAUCGCAUCGUUUUGCGUUAGAUGCGGGUCUCAUUGAAUGAACGGAGUAGGGUGUAUGGGAAAUUCAAGCUGUGGCCUAUGGAGGGACGUGCCCUCUGAGGAUAGCGACGACGAGGCAUACACCGAGGAAGCAGAGAUGUCCAGCGGUAUGUGGUGCCAUAGCGUGGCACUUUCGGGAGAAAUCAAUUGUCACUUCCUAGAUGCCUCAACGCAGGAUCAUGUAGUGUUUCCUCAAACACCUUCACCUGGUCCUACCCCUGAGAUCGUAUAUACAAGGCCCUUCUGUAACUAUAUAUUGCUCACGAAGGUUGAAAACGCGCAAAGCGUUAAAGGCGGACUCCUGCCCAGUAGCCUGGUUGCGGCGGCAUUCAAUUCGAAAAGAUCCAUGAACUGGAUCCGAAUAGGGAAGGAACUCGCCCACAGAUUAAAAGAUAGGCCGCGGGGCUCCAGGUAUUGGAAUAUCAACAGCAACCAUGGCGAUCCAAUGGCGUUCGUUUCCCCUUCCUCCUGGUUCAGCGACUUCGCUAGUGAGUGCUGGCUCCGUAUAACGAGAAGAUUUUUUUGAACUUGCUCUUGUUGAGAGCUGCCUCUUCCAUCUAUAAAAACAUUGACAUCUUUGUAUUAGUUGUGUCGCAGCUUUACGCGAAACAUAUAAAGUAAAUGUAAUUGUCAUUAAAUCUCUC